AAAACAUGAAAAUUUGCUCAUUAUAUUGGGGCAAAUGAAAUGAGAAGGAGAGGAAAGAUAGAUCUACAAGAACAUAUGAGUUAACAGGAUAAUUGUAAUUAUUUGAACCAAAGUUGAACCAGAGGUGUUAAAUGAAGAACUAAUCAAUGAUUAAUUGAAUGAACAGCUGAUGUAAUUAAAUAGAAGACGUAAUUGAAAUCAGGAGCAAAAUCUACUUCAGAUACUAUUAAAUCACCAGUUGAUAGUGGAUGACCAAAGCAAUUAAUAGUUAUGAAUACUAACUUGACAAAAACUAAGUUUAAUCUUUGAUUUUACAAAUAAGAAUUUAAUAAAAGUCGAAAUCAACUAAAAUAAGAAAUAAAUGAC